CGUCCUGCUUAACCACAGGAGUUGCAGCUACCUACCCGCGCUCUUAGAAAUAGAAUCGCGCGUGCGCGACCCCGUGCUCUUUUCCGUAGUACAAUCUGCCCGUUGCCGCCGUGUUGCCGUAUUGGUAGCCAAGCCAUCGUCUGAUCGUCAAAUUAUUAUUAUUAUUCUGUGUCGCCCUCUUUGCCUACGUUUUUUUUUCCACAAAACAUCUGGUACGCACUUAACUGUUUUCUUCUUUGUUUUUCGCACUUACGGAAUGAAAAUAAGUAAAUAAAAAAAAAAAUAUGUAUAGCGAGAGGGAAGAGUGAUUACACGCAUACGCACACGCUCAAACGCUAUCGAUUUACCACCGUGUUGUUCAGUAAUCGCUCUCUAUACAAAUUAUUAUAGUCGUAAUUUUCGACGAGGCUCAACGGCGGACGUGGUGUGUGUCGAUGUAACGAUUGUCCUAGACGUCCGAAAUAAUCAUCGUCGUUACAUAAUAAUACCCAUAAUAUUAUAUUAUUAUUAUACACCGUUUGACGUUUAUCAGUCUUCAGACGCGGCUUAAACAAUCGAAUGGCUCGGCCGUCGAAUCGCGUCAGUCGUUGAAUUACAACAGCAUCAAUCAGUGCUAUUCACGAUACGUGCAAAUAAUUUGCUUUUAAGUGGUGUACUGUGUGUCUGAGUACAUAUUAUUACAUUUUGUCGAUUUUAUAAAUUUUUCAUUAUUUUUACACUCGGCAGGCAGAUACCUUCUUCAGUGUUCGUUUCGUCAUCGGGCCAUCAACGCAUCAACACUAUUAGUUUGUCUUCGAGCAGGUAUCGCAACACCGCUCCUCUGAAUCUGAUGUCAACAUGAAAAGAGACUUAGCCAAGAAAUUGAUUGAACGUUAUUUCUAUCUGAUCACAGAAGGUUGUGGCAAUGAAGAGUGUGUAAAUGAUUACUGUGCAUCCAGCAAAAGGUGUACUAAUGUGGUGUCAGCUAAUGAUGCAGCUGCUAUUGCUAUUCAAUUAUUUCGCCUUGAUGCAAGACUGUGUGAUCAACACCCUAUGAAAGUAGCAAGAACCACUAAUAACCCAUCAGUGUCUGGAAAUACUUUACAUGAUGCCAAUACAUCAUUAGCUUGCUGUAGCAACACACAAGAUACUCUGUGUUUAUCACAUGAUGCUUGUGUGCAAACAAACCAUCCAUGUACAGUAUUUGAAGUAGUCCCUGUACAUUCAAUUGACUUAUCUAGACCAUUAUCAGAUGUUCAAAUUACUCAAACCACUAGUACUUGUUCUCAAACAAAAGGUGGCAGUAGUUCAUCUUCGUUUAAAAUAGCCAAUACUGAACCUAUGGCCAAAGAACACAAUACAUUCAUUGCACCAAUUGUCGAUUCUAUGGCGGAACAAGAAGAAGAUACAUCUGUUCAAGUUGCUGCUAAAGAAAAAAUUGUUGAAGAUGUGUUCAAAAGUAUUGACGAAUUUUUAAAAUCUAAUGAACAAAAUGAUACUACAAGUCAAUCAAUUAACAAGGAUAUUUUGGAUCGCUUAGAUGUUGCUUCACUGAGUAUACCAGAUUGUAUUAUACAUGAUGCAGAAGACAUAAACUUAGCCUUCAUGGAAACUAUGAAAAAAACUAUAAAACAUAUUUCCUCUUUUCAAAAUGGUAUUAAAUAUUUGAAUGAAACCAAUUUGAUCGAACUAACGAGCCAUCAAAAAGGACCUGAUCCAUUUAAAGAUAAUAAUGAGUUGCUAUCUGCUCUAUACCAAGUGUUCUCAACACCAGAAGCUUUAGGUAAUAGUUUUAUAAAACGCCCACCUGAACGCAAAAAAGACUUUCUUAAAGUUCUUAAUCAUGCUCAGACUUCAUCAUCCAGCAUGUCCAAAGAAAAAAUACGUGAAAUGGAAAUUGAAAAAGAGUUGGAUGAUAACUCAAUGUAUGAAGAUGAUGAGGUAGAAGGAGACGAAUAUUAUGGUGAGAAACAAUUAGAUGUUGCAGGGUUAGCACGAGCAUAUGAAAUAAUGAAUUCCCUCAAUAAUGAUGAGUUUUUUAAAGAUGUUCUAUGUUUAGCCAUUAGUUCCUUGUGUGCAAAAAUCACGGUAGAAUUACAUUUUUUUAAGUCAAAAUCAUUUCCAAUCAGUGACAAAUAUUUAGAGGAUGUGUUACAUUCGCUUAAAAUCAUCUAUGAAAUGCCAUGGUUAGAUGACUUAGCAUUUGUAGAGCGUAUAAUCCCUAGGCUUGUAGCAGCCACAUGUGUACUCCCAGUAGCUGAACAAGCUAAACUUGCAAGAUUCUGGAGUGAAAUGUCGUCAGAAAACACUUUGCGGCGUAUAUUACACUGCCUCCAAGAAGCUAUAACUUUCCAACUAAUAUCUACUGAAUAUGAUGCAACUUUUCAAGAUGAGACUGCUGUUGUAUUUGCUACAAAAACCAUGAAGAUUUUAUAUUAUGCGAGUAUUAUGGCCGGUGAAUGUGACAGAAAUAUUGAUAAAGAUGAUACUAAACAGCYUGAUAAAAUAGAAAAAAAACCAGAAAAUGUAAGGGAUGAAAAUUUACUUGAAGAUAUCCUUAUUAAUUCGCAUCCAAAAAGUAAAAUCAAUAAAACCGAUCCAUUAGCUGAAAUUUUAAAUAUAAAUAUUUUGGCCUGUCGUGCCCCUUUAAUUCCUAUAUCCAAAUUUUACAAUGAGUUAUUGAGUGAUGCACUAGAAAUGGAUGAUGAUUACCAAACUUGGAGAGAAAAUGGCAGUGAAAAAUUUUCGUAUAUGUCCCAUUCAUUUGUACUUACUCCGGCCACUAAGACUCUUGGGCUAUACUAUGAUAAUCGAAUACGUAUGUAUGAAAAUAGACGUUUCUGUCUAAUACAAACAUUAAUAGGUCAGCCAACUCAUCCUUACCUCAAACUUAAGGUAAGGAGAGAACACGUUGUCCAGGAUGCUCUAGUUGAACUUGAAAUGGUAGCCAUGCAAAAUCCGUCAGAUCUCAAAAAACAAUUGGCGGUUGAAUUUGACGGUGAACAAGGUGUUGAUGAGGGUGGAGUCUCUAAAGAAUUCUUCCAUCUCAUUGUAGAAGAAUUAUUUAAUCCWGACUAUGGAAUGUUUGUGAUUAUGAACUCUGAUAGUGGAAAUCCUACUUAUUGGUUUAACUCGUUUUCAUUUGAAACUGCUGCUCAAUACUCAUUGAUUGGCCUCGUAGUCGGAUUAGCAAUUUACAACAAUGUUAUAUUAAACAUUAAUUUACCAAUGGUUGUGUAUCGAAAGUUACUAGGCAAACGAUGUACAUUCAACGAUCUACAAGAUUGGAAUCAGGAAUUGUACAAUGGCUUAAAGAAUUUGCUGGAUUAUGAAGAAGAUGACAUUGAAGAAAUGUUUAUGCAGACAUUUAGAAUAUGYUAUAAAGAUGCGUUUGGUGAAAUAGUAUAUCACGAUCUCGUAGAUAAUGGAGAUAAUAUAACUGUAAACCAUAUAAAUAAAAGAGAAUUUGUGGAUAAAUAUGCUGACUUUUUAUUAAAUGAAUCAAUUGGAGUACAGUUCAAUGCAUUCUACCGUGGGUUCCAAAAUGUUAUGGAAGAAUCUCCGUUACAAUACUUAUUCUGGCCUGAAGAACUUGAACAGAUAGUGUGUGGCAGUAAAGUAUUUGAUAUGUCUGAGUUAGAAGAAACUACACUGUAUGAAGGGGGAUAUCACAAAGAAACACAAGUUAUAAAAAAUUUCUGGGAUUUUGCCCAUGCACUACCUCGAGUCUCUCAACAGAAGUUACUACAAUUCACAACGGGAAGUGAUAGAGUUCCUGUUGGUGGUCUUGGAAAAUUAAAACUGACAAUCACGAGGAAUGGUUCAGAUUCUGAUAGGCUACCAACCGCACAUACCUGUUUCAACGUCUUAUUGCUACCUGAAUAUAGCACUAAAGAGAAACUUGAUGAGCGACUAUCAAAAGCUAUCAAUUAUGCUGAAGGAUUUGGCAUGAUAUAAAACCAAUAAGUAAAAAAUACCCACCUAUAAAUUGUGCUACGUUGUUUGAGUACAAUCAAAGUUUUUAGAAAUUAAUAAGUUUGUCUUCAAAUCUUGUAUAUUAUGUAUAAUAAUAAGUUUGAUUAAUUUAAUUAAAUUUAUAUUGAAUUAUAUCUGCAUAUUGACGUCAUGUUCAAAAAACAACCUGUUUUAUUUCAGUUAAGUAUUUUAAAAAGAAUCAAAUUGAAAAUAAUUUUUAAACUUGUGAGAAAAAAACAUAAGUACAUUUCACUGAA